GUGAUCAGAUGACAAAGAAUAUGUACCACUCGAAGGAACCAUGUAACAUUUUCGAGGAUUGGGAAGUGCAGAACGAAAAGCGAGACUCCGCAGCAUCAUUGUCAAGAGGGCUGCACAAACCGUAACCAGCUACCUGCACCGUAAGCUUUCAUUUUCACUUGAAACGAAUUCCAAUCUCUCAAUUGGCAGAUUGUUCGGCUUCAGUCGACACCAUUUAACUCCGCUGACUCUGCUGAGACAUUCGUAAAUCAAAUGAUUCCCAAGCAAAACACAUGUUCUGGAUGUUACUUCAAUCUCUCCAUCUCUAAUAAAAAGUCCGUCAACUUACCAACAAAAAUUGCUGCUCAUAUUCCAGUUUUCCGGUACUCCUUAUCAACGCCCGCCACGUCUCUAAUGACACUUCCGAUCCAAGCCCCAAGAUCAUGUUACCUGCAAAAUGUCUGCCCAAGUCGUGCAUGGCCAAAGAGUUACACUCUUUUCCACAUGCACGGAGCCCAUGACUUUAAAAAAGUACUACUCUCUCCCUGCUCUCUUUCUCUCGGAGCAUACAAUUUGAAGUAGAUCAGCAGCGUCAACUCGCGGUCACAAUUCCUCAAUCUUCGACUCAAAACUCAAAACGCUGAAGAUGUAGGGGCCCACAGGACUCCAUCCAUGCAUCCAUCACAAGUUUAUCAAUUCUCAUACAAAUAUCAUCUGUGGACAUUCCAGUGGGUUUGGCAUCGGGACCGUGCUGAAGGUCGUAGGGUUGUCUCUCUUGCUCUCUCUCUCACUCACCCCAUUCUCCCUUUCGUCCAGUCGUCAGGGUUGGUGUUCUCAAUACAUGCACUCACUGGCCAAAUGGAGCACCGCGGUCAAAUCCAGGUAGGUCGGAACAGCUCAAGCGCUUGAUUGUAGGAAAUUCAACAUUCCAGUGAUCCGUUGUUGGAAUCAGCUCUGCUAUGUCGCUGUGGAGAUGGAUGUUUCCAGAGGGGAAGAAGUCCGAGGAAUGCCCUUUCUGUGUUUUAGCGUCUGGAUCGGUGGAAGGCCGCACGCCCAACGUGUUAUACCAGGAUAAGCAUGUAGUUGUCUUCGUGGAUCGGAACCCGUCUGCCUAUAGGCAUUACUUGGUGAUACCAAAUAAGCACAUCAAGUCUGUCCAAGAUCUUCGACCUGUUGAAGCAGAUCAUGCGUUGGUCUCCCGUAUGUUCAAGCUAGGGAAGUCAACAUUACAACGUGAUGCGCCGAACGCAUCCAAAUACAGGUUUGGCUUCCACAAGUCUCCAUUCAAUAGUGUCGACCACCUCCACCUUCAUUGCAUCGCCCUUCCUUACAAUUCUGUAUGGAGGCGCUUCAGGUAUCUUGGUGUAGGUUGGUUGGGUGCAUAUGUUAGUGUCGAGCAUGUACUGCUUUACUUGGAUCCUAAGAAAGGCAUGAAAACAGGGGUUACAUCGGGUGACCAACCGAAAGUGCCCAUAUGAUCCGACACCCUUUUGUGAAUUUCUCUGGAAUUUUAUCUCGGGCUACCCAUUCUUGGAUGUCUGCUCUAAUUCAUCACGAAUGAUACCAGAAGCAUGUGUGUUUGAGGAAGCAAAAACAACACAGGGAGUUCGCCAACAACUUUUCCGAAUUGGCUAAGCCAGCUAUUCAACAUGGUAGCAUUGAAGUGAUGCGGUUCGUGCUUCACUCUAAUUCCUCUAGAAUCAACACAGUUUUACAGCCUGAAGUGCGUAGUUUCAUUUACAGUGACCAAAGGAAACCUUCUGAAGUGUUUGUUGACAAUGCUUCUUUUCAUCAAAUCCGUGGAACGAUAACAGAGAAACAACCAGUCAGGAUUCCACACUCCAACUGUGGAUCCAGUUCUGUAAGUCCUACAUGUCUCCUAGACCUCAAAAGACGAUAAUGAGGGAUUCACACAGACCGGCGACCGUAUUCCAUAACAUAAGCUCCUCCACCUGGAAUGGAUUUCACAACUCCACUCUUCAACAACCAAACCAGACUCAAAACAUGCGCUCUAAUAGGGUCCCAAUCCUUUGACAAAGACUGGAAUUCCUUCUGACUCCAGCCCCUGCCCUGGAAAAAUGGUGAAAAAGGCUAGAACUACGCCUCAACAAGUGGAUUGUGCUUGUGCUUGUGGGUCCAUUGCCGUUUCCGAUGCAUUGGAUAAGCGGUGACCCGGUGUCAUGCUGGAUGAGCUCGAGAGUGAUUCCUUGAGUGCGUGUGGCCCCAUGAGCUUUGGUUAGGUGAGAGAUGCAAGUCAUGUAUUGACUGAAAGCACAAAGCCUCUGGGUCUUUUAACUCCUUUCUUUUUAAUCAAAGUUUUCCUGCUAAUUCACAUAAA